AUAAAAAUUAAUGCGAAGCAGACACAAAACACAAAACCCCUCGAAUUGAAUAUGCAAUCAUCAUCCACUUCGAUUGCUCCAUGGCACACUUGCUAUCACUAUUAUUACCCUGUUCCUCCUAAUCGUCUCUUCUCUCACCAUCAUCUCCAUUUUCACCUUCCCACCAAAGUUUCUCUCACCUCUUAUUUCCAUUCCAAGAAUCAUCGCAGCGGUCUCACACUCAGCGCCGCGGCUCACAGUUGCAGUAAAGAACACGAAAAGAAGCACACCACCAACAACAACAAUCAUUAUCCGGAUACCAAUCCGUACCCAGGUCAGGAAAAUCGGGAACUGUUCCGAGAUUUUCGAUCUUCUAUUGAGAAUCCCGAACCCCAAUUCGAAGAUAAUUCGUCGAACAUGAGGUGGGCUGAUCUGAAGGCGGCAUUGGGGCAGAGGAUUAACCUUGAAGGCAUAGCUUGCUCCGUCGGGAUAUUCUCCAAAGACAAGCAAUUGGUAAUACCGCAUGUUAGUGUGCCAGAUAUUAGGUUUAUUGACUGGGCCCACCUCAAAAAUCGAGGGUUUCAAGGUGUGGUGUUCGACAAGGAUAACACUAUCACUGUUCCUUACUCUUUGGACUUGUGGCCACCUCUCCAAUCAUCUUUGGAACACUGCAAAUCUUUGUUUGGCGAUAACAUUGCCAUUUUCAGUAAUUCUGCUGGGUUGUUUGAGUAUGAUCCCGACGGGAAAAAAGCUGCAGCUGUUGAGGAUGCAAUUGGAAUCAAAGUGAUACGGCACAAGGUGAAGAAGCCAGGUGGAACAGCUGAAGAAAUCGAGAAGCACUUUGGUUGUGAAUCAUCUAAACUUAUCAUGGUGGGUGACCGGCCCUUCACAGAUAUUGUUUACGGAAACAGGAAUGGUUUUUUCACUAUACUGACUGAAGCAUUGAGUCUUGCAGAGGAGCCUUUGAUUGUGAGGCAGGUGAGGAUGUUUGAAGUGGCCCUCGUUAAACGAUGGUCCGGAAAAGGGUUGCUGCCGGUCAGCCAAAAGCUUAUUAUGUCUGGUCCAGUGAAAUGUGUUAAGGAUAUACCACUAUGAUAAUGAAUGUAGCAAAUCAGUCUUUUUUUAUUUUAUUUUUUUAUUCUUUUUCGCUGUAUUCUACAAUGUCUCAAUUAGUUUCCCAUGGAAAUUUUCUCCUGGGGUUUCUGUAAAGCAAUUUCGUAUUAAUUAGAGUACCGUUUAGAAAUUUCCA